AUGUGUCCAUCAUUCUUGACCUAUUUUGCAGCGCUGGCAGCAACGGCCACUCCGAUGGAGAACGCCUCCCUAAUUGCCUCGCCUGCAAGGGGGACAACCACAAUGGGAUCGGCAGGAUCUCCUGUCCUGAUGCUGGCGGAUGACCAACAGCAGCAGGAGGACGACACAACGGUAGUGGAUUCCUGGAGCGACAGGCCCGACACUGCGACGCUGACAAAAGGCUUCUCGAUUCCCACGUACUUGCCGCCCUUUCCGGAAUUCAUACCAGCCGAUUUGCCGCACCUGCUGCGGAAUGCCUCCUCUGGAGGCACUCCCCUUACCGAGGACAACGGCCCGUCCGGCAAUCCGAUGCCAUCUAAGCCCAACGAGCAGUCCCGUCUCCACGCCUACGACAGCGAACAAAAGGCCCAGCAGCUGCGGCGCGAGAAGGAGCUGGCCAAGGAGCGGGAGCUCCUGCCCCGGCGCCAGCUCAGCCUGCCCCCGCUGAACGCCACCGUCCAAGCUGGCCAACAUGCCUAUUUGCCGUGCAAGCUCAACCAGCACUCCGGGAAGCCGCUCUCCUGGGUUCGGUUGCGGGAUGAACAUAUCAUUGCGGUGGAUCACACAACCUUCAUCAACGACGCUCGGUUCGGCUCGCUACUCCAGUCUUCCACCUCUGUGACACUUGCAUCCGGAGGCGUCCUUUCCACCACCUCGACGCCCUCGGCUGUACUGGGAAACUCCUCUGCCCACGCCAGUCCUGGGGGUCAGGAGAGGGGCAAUAGCAGCAGCCUCAGCUGGACGCUGCAAAUCAAGUAUGUAAGGCUGGAGGAUGCCGGCUGGUACGAGUGCCAGCUGGCAACGGAGCCCAAAAUGAGCGCCAAGGUGCAGCUGUUUGUGAUAACACCCCGAACCGAGCUAAUCGGGGAUCGGCAACGCUUCGUGAAGGCCGGCAGCAGGGUGGAGCUGCACUGCAUCGUACGUGGCACCCUGGAGGCCCCCAAGUACAUAUUCUGGUACCGCGGCGACCAACAAGUGACUGCCGAAAACGAGGCCAGCGGCACCCAGAGCGGAUGGUACACGCAAAUCGACCGGAAUAUCUUCGGCAGCACCGAGCACAAUCGGAACACGAUUGGUUCCCUGGUCAUUCCUCUGGUGCGCAAGAUCCACUCCGGCAACUACACGUGUGAGCCGGAAAACAGUGCGGCAGCUUCUAUGCAAUUGCACGUCCUCAGUGGGGAGUACUCCGCCUCCGCCAUAAAGUCGACUGCUGCCGGGCCACAUAGACUGGGCCACGGAUACACCAGUCUACACCAGUGGCUAAUCUUCCUUUUGGUGGCCCUAAACAAGACAUGAAUAAUGCUGGGAGAAGUCCUGCCAUGCAGAGCGCUGGAUAUAUCAUACGAUCGGGUGUUUUGUCUAAGACAUUAGUUUAAUCUCUAGGUAAAAUGCACUUACACUCAAGCGAUUACAUUGUUUAUUCUGCUGAUACUUCUUAAAGUCUAAGCCGAACUUUCCGAAAAAACAACUUUUUUAUACAAAUUCUAGACUUAACAUGUUUCCUUUACUCUAGUAAUAGGUCUACUUCACUAAGUAUUAUAAUAAGCAUUAAAUUCCGAGCAACAUUUAUUUGUUAUUUACAUAA